AUGUCUGCGUACCAGCCCAUCCCCGGCUAUGCUGCUCUAGGUGGCAAAGCGAGUUUUGAGAGAGAUGGCUCCAGUCUUCGUACCGUGAUGCUGGAGUACCAGGGAAAAAGCUACCGCAAUUUCACGGAUCCUGAGGUGGACAGAGCAUACGAGCAAAACAACACUCGUCUUGGCUGGCGCAUGGCUGAGGGUGCUCUGAUUGCUUCCCUCCUCUCAAUGACCAACUUGGUGAUGCACGUGAAGGAUCUUCACAUGGAAAUCGCUGCAGCCUUUCAAGCCGUGACCGUAGAUGCCUUCAGCAACCAACCGAAGCACCCCCUUCGACGUUUGCUGGACGCCUUUAUCAGCCGCAGUGUGCAGGCGACCAACGACAACAUGCGGCUACUCUUUGACUUCCACGCGGCAGAUUUCUCCUUGGCACCCUUACCCCAUGAUGAGCAGUUGAAACUGAUCGAUGAUGCCAUCAAGAAGAAUCCCCUCAACCUUGCCGAGAUGGACAUGGAACGCUAUGGUCAGAUCCGACAUAUGGAUCCCGCCUGGUCCACCAGGGAAGCCAUCACCAACACAAGCCGCUGGGGAUGGCGUUGGCACUAUCGGGCUGUGACUGUGCAAAGGCUCAUCGCGAAGUAUGUGGAGUGCUUUCUGGAAGCCGAAGGUAUGGAUGAGGACACCGGGCCAGAAGUUCGCCAAGACUUCAUUAAAGCCGACUCCUAUUUGACAAACUGGUGGCACUCCUUGGUCUUUCACUUGCCAUCCUUGAGACGUGCGACCGAAAAGAGCCCCAGUUGGUCUGGCAGUGGCAGUGAGGCGAGCAGAUCGCAACUCAUCCGGGUCUUGAGCACCAUCAUGGUUUGGGUGUCCUGGAUCCAUGAGGAUGUGGGGCAUUCUGCAGCGGCCUAUGUGAACAACCCCAUCUACACUCCCAUGUGUGUACCAGAAGAUGGUGUGGGUGUCCCCUUGCGCUCCUGGGUCUUCAAUGCCAUGGCCUAUCGGGGGUUCGUGUUUUUGCAUCGCAGCGUCCUCUUGGAUGAACCGCCCGCUUUCUGGUUUGAUGGCAAUGUGGAGUCACGCAAGUGCUUCGAGACCUUCCAAGAUAGUCUCAGAUCAUUAGGGGAAACCGAUGUGGCCUUCAGCGAAUGCGAUAAGAAUGGUUUCUUCUCAUGUGUGGACCGGGUUGAGACAGCAGCCCAUGGCCCAUGUCCCCACAAGCCGUAUGUGAACUUGCUGCGGUCCAAAGCGACUUUUGAGUGGUUGCGGGUGCCGGAGAAUCCGGAUUGCUCCCUGAGCUUGAGGGGUGACAGCGGUGCCGCACAGAAAGAAACCCAGGUAGCGUGUGCCCUGCUCUUGAAGGGGCAGCCUGUGGGCGCGCUGAUGUCCACCAAACCACCCAAGCCGGUGGUAGCACAAGAUAAGAAUUUUCAGCCAGUGGAGGUGCAAAGCUGGGUGCAAGCCUCCAAGGGUCAGCCUGACCUUGUCAUUGGACUCAGAGGUGACCCAUACUAUCUUCUGCCUGGUCAGGAUGGAGGUGCCAUUCGAAAUUUCGCCCUUCGAGCGGAGUGCACUCAUCUUGGCUGCCUUGCCAAUUGGAACCGUGUGGUCAACAAAUUUGUGUGUCCCUGCCACGGUUCUGAGUAUGACGCGCAAGGAUCAGUGAUCAAAGGUCCCGCGCCCAAAAGCCUGGCUUUGGCGCAUGUGGAGCUAACGGACUCGCAGAAGGUGCGCCUUAGUGCUUGGAGCGAGGAGGACUUCCGGGAUGGCACCGAGCCAUGGUGGGCGUGA